GAGCUUCGUGUAAUUACCUACCUACCUUACUUUAGUAAGGCAGUCACGGCAGAAUAGCGAAAGCUACCCAUGACCUUGUGGCAUUUCUUAUGAAGGUCGGUACAUAGACAAGUUCAUUCAUUUUGUCAGCAACGUUUCUUGGGCCGCCAGAAUUGCUCGAAUUUACCCAUCAGCGAAACGACUGCGACCCGUCAAGCCUCGAAGCCCGAGCUGUCCGUCUGCGUGUUCACGCCUAUUCAUUCAAUGCUCUAGGUUCGAUCACCGACACCGCUUCCAGCCUGGCCACGACCAUCCGGGCACGAGAUGACCGCAUUGCACAGAUUCCUACGUUCAUCGCUAUCCUCACAGGAGCUCUGAGAUAUGGCGAAUCAGGGGAAAGGCUCGAGAUGGGGCUCGUUGUUGUCACAAGCCGUGGCUGGCAUGGAGGCGCAUCUUGACAAUAUGCUCGCCGAAGGUGAAGGUGGACCGAAUGCCACGAAACAAGCACAGGGCACGAGCGGGAACCCUCAUCGUCAAUCUGCAACUGUCCAGGCCAAAAAUGUGCCGGCAUCGCCCCGGACGUCCUCCAGCAGUAACCGAGUGAACGAUCGCUUGCAAGAGCGCUUGGCUAAAGCCAUCGCAACCAAAGGCGGCAGCAACGCAACCGAGGUUUCUAGUACCAUAACCAAUCCCAUUGAUUUUCCGAACAACAAAGCUUCCACCACAUCGGAGAAUAGCGCUGAGAAUCAGGCCCAACAACUACGUGGUUCAGAAAGCCCGCAAACGGCUACGGUCGAGGCAGCCGUCAUUGAACCUCUGUCCACGAACGAAACACACAGCACUGGGGUAGAUGAUGUGCGAGACGAGGCGAAGCACCAUGGUGCUGAUUCUAUCGAGCUCGAGGAGGAACAUCUCGCAAUCAAUUUGCCUCCAUCUUCUGAAGUGACGACAACACCUCUCGAUUCACUCUGUAGUCGCUGUCGUUCCUUGGACGUCAAGAUUUCGACCUUGGAGGCUGAGCAUCGUGGUGAGGUCCAUCGCUAUAUUGAGCAGGUUGACGCUUUGCAGGCCAAAUUGCAAUAUUUGUCCCGUGAAGCGAGUCAAGUUGCGAGGAAUGCUAUCAAAGAUACUCAGUCGGGCACCCUGGAGCGAAAAUUGGCUGAAAAAGAUGAGAGGAUCGCGGUGCUAAUGGAGGAAGGGAGAGGCAUGGCUGCUACUGAACAGAAGCAUCGAAACGUGAUAAAGAAGCUCAGGAUUCAGGUGGCCGAUAACGAAAAGGCCAACGUCGAGCUGAAAGCCGCGCUUCAGCAGGCGCGGGCGGGUUUAGCUGAUUUUCGUGCAAGCGAAGCAAAGCUCGAACAGCUUGAGAAAGCUCGAUUCGAGUGGCAAGUUGGGUCGGCAAAGAUGCGUGAGGAGCUGAGCUUGCUGCGAUCAGACCUUAGCGCAAAGCAGAUCACUAUUGACUCUCUUCGACAAGAUCUACAAAAAGCAAUGGAUGAAGCGGAUACAUCCGCAUCGCGGGCUCUCGCUGACGCUUUGGAAGCGGAAAAACGACGAGCCAGGGAGUUCGAGGACAACAUUGCGUCACUGCAGGUCGAAAAGAAUCUGGUCGCCGAACGAGCCAAGAAGAGGGAGGCAGAGCUCAGAGAAAAGGCCGAUGAGGCUGCGGAACGCUCACGUAUUGCUCAAUUGGAGCUGCAAGGUGAAAUGCAGGCAAUCGAGGGCAGACUCGAGGCCAUGCGGGCUCUAGCAGAAGAGGCUUCAUCAGGGGCUGUCGGCGACUCUCAGGCCAAACUUUUGCGACAAAUGGAAACACUCCAGACUCAGCACGCUAUUGCUAGCGAAAAUUGGCAGGGAAUAGAAGCUAGUCUCGCCACACGCCUAAGCAAUUUGGAGAAGGAGAGAAACGAUGCAUUGCGGAGAGAGUCAGAUAUGAGAAAGAAGGCUAGGGAAACGGACCAGCUCGUGACACUCCAGAAGCGUGCAGAGGCUGCGGAAGCUGCGCUUGCACAAGCCAAGGCAGAUUUCGAAAAACAACAAGCCAGUUGGAAAGCGGAGCGCUGGGAUCAUCCUGAUCGACGCCUUUGGCUGGAGGACGUCCCAGUCGCAUCGCCGAGGAUACAGAGUCGGCCAGAUUCACCGUUACUGUCUGUGCCCGUAAGGACUUUCAGCUCGGAUCUCCUCGUUUCACAGGGGCCAUCCGGCAAGGGUCGGAAAAUUUCAACACCUGGCAGCGUUGCUGACGGCUUUCACGACUCAUUUUCGCCGGGCAGGCGAUUGUCAAGCCAGCCCCCUUUAAGGCCUUUUGUGCUUCCGAACAGCGCUGGCCUUUCGUCUUCAGUGUCCAUGGCCUCGUUUGAUCCACCUCGGGAAGGCGUGCAAACGGCAACGUCACAUCUGGGUGAACGAGAUGAUAUAUCAGACGUGUUAGAUGCGUCUUCUUCUCCACGCCAAAUGAUGCAAGACAUGGUAUCAGUAUCAACUGUUGGAGCGGGACCAUCAGUCCAGCUUGUUGAGCGCAUGAGUGCGGCGAUUCGGCGACUUGAGGGAGAGAAGAUGGCAUCAAGAGAGGAGCUGUCUAGAAUAUCGGGUCAGAGAGACGAGGCCCGGGCGGAGUUGGUUGCUCUCAUGAAGGAAACACAAUCUGCAGAAGCGACAUCCAGGAAGGUGUCGGACUUGGAGGACGAGGUGGCGAAUAUCAACGAGAGAUACCAGACCACGCUUGAGCUGCUUGGCGAGAAGAGCGAACUUGUGGAAGAGCUGCGAGCUGAUGUGGAGGAUGUCAAGGCCAUGUAUCGAGACCUUGUAGAAAGAACAGUAAAAGGGUGA